UGGGGCUGGCUUUUGCCCCGGAAGUGGCUGUCUUCAGCUGACAGCUGCUUGUAAGGUGGCGACGGCGGGCCCGGAGAAAGAUGGCGCUGCGGCCGGGAACGGGAGCUGGGGGCGGCGGCGCCGCGGGAGCCGGCGCGGGGGCCGCCGGGGCAGGCAGCUUCAUGUUUCCGGUUGCAGGUGGAAUAAGACCCCCACAAGCAGGACUGAUGCCAAUGCAGCAACAAGGAUUUCCUAUGGUCUCUGUCGUGCAGCCUAAUAUGCAGGGCAUGAUAGGGAUGAGUUACAGCUCUCAGAUGCCCCAAGGACCUAUGGCCAUGCAGGCAGGGAUACCAAUGGGGCCAAUGCCAGCAGCAGGAAUGCCUUACCUUGGACAAACACCGUUCCUGGGAAUGCGUCCCCCGGGCCCACAGUACACCCCAGACAUGCAGAAGCAGUUCGCUGAAGAGCAGCAAAAACGAUUUGAACAGCAACAGAAGCUCUUAGAAGAAGAAAGAAAAAGACGCCAGUUUGAAGAGCAGAAGCAAAAGCUCAGGCUUUUGAGUAGUGUGAAACCCAAGACAGGAGAGAAGAGUAGAGAUGAUGCUUUGGAAGCCAUAAAAGGAAACUUAGAUGGGUUUUCCAGAGAUGCUAAAAUGCAUCCUACUCCAGCAUCGCACCCUAAGAAACCAGAUUAUCCCACACCAUCUCAUUCUACUAAAACUGUCUCCCCAUCACCUGCCUUUCUUGAUGAAGAAGAAUUCAGUGACUUUAUGCAGGGGCCCGUUGAAGUUCCCACAUGUGGUCCUUCUUCCACUUCCCAGCCUUUUCAGUCUUUCCAUCCCACCACCCCAUUUGGCCAGUUGCAUACACAGAAGGCUGGAGCACAGCCUCUCCCUCCAGGUCAGAUUCCAGUGUCUUUUGCCUUACAUGGUGUCCCUGGGCAAAUUCCUUCUUUCUCUACUGCUGCAGCCUCAUACAAUGUACAGAAAGCAGGCCCUUCCUUGGAGGAGAAGCUCCUAGUAUCUUGUGAUAUAAGUUCAUCUGGGCAGGAACAAAUUAAAUUAAAUACCUCUGACGUUGGUCACAAAGCCCUAGGCCCAGGUUCCAGUAAGAACCAUCCCAGUUUAACGGCCAAAAACGGGGGUGCUAUAGAUGGACGUGUAAGUGGUACCACCAUUGCAGAGGCAGAAAAGACUUCAGACCAAAACCUAUCCAUUGAAGAGAGUGGUGUGGGAGUAUUUCCCUCACAGGAUCCUGUUCAGCCCAGAAUGCCGCCUUGGAUUUACAAUGAGAGUUUGGUUCCAGAUGCCUAUAAGAAAAUUUUAGAAAUCACAGUGACUCCAACUGGAAUAGAUACUGCUAAACUUUAUCCCAUCCUGAUGUCAUCUGGACUGCCCAGGGAAACUCUUGGACAGAUAUGGGCCUUGGCUAAUCGAACUACACCUGGCAAACUUACUAAGGAAGAACUUUAUACUGUUCUUGCCAUGAUAGCGGUAACACAGAGAGGUGUUCCUGCCAUGAGUCCUGAUGCUUUAAACCAAUUUCCAGCUGCUCCUGUUCCAACUUUAAGUGGAUUUCCUAUGACUUUGCCUACUGCGGUGAGUCAGCCAACUGGGAUGUCUUCAGGCCCUGCCGGCUCCAUACCCCUCAACCUUGGACAGCCAGUCAUGGGCAUUAACCUUGUUGGACCAGUUGGGGGAGCUGCAGCCCAGGCUUCCAGUGGCUUCAUGCCAACUUACCCUGCGAAUCAGGUGGUAAAACCAGAAGAAGACGACUUCCAGGAUUUUCAAGAUGCUUCUAAGUCAGGAUCCCUUGAUGAUUCAUUCAGUGAUUUCCAAGAGUUGCCUGCUUCUUCAAAAACAAGUAAUUCCCAGCAUGGAAGCAGUGCCCCUUCUUUGUUGAUGCCCCUUCCUGGCACUAAAGCAUCAGCUUCGAUGGAUAAGUAUGCUGUGUUUAAAGGAAUUGCAGCUGACAAAUCCUCUGAAAGUAACAUUCCAUUUGGAGAGCCUGGUGAUAAAUACAGUGCUUUCAGAGAACUUGAACAGACAGCAGAGGGUAAAACUUCAGGAGAAAACUUUGCAGAAUUCAGAUCUGCGAGCACUGAUGACGGUUUCACCGAUUUUAAAACUGCCGAUAGUCUAUCACCACUAGAGCCACCAACAAAAGACCAAACUUUUCCAGCAUCCUUCCCCUCAGGAGCUGUACAACAGAAACAACAAACACAAGUGAAGAAUCCUCUGAACUUAGCAGACCUUGAUAUGUUUUCCUCAGUUAACUGCAGCAGCGAGAAACAAUUAUCUUUUUCAGCUGCUUUUAGUGCAUCCAAAUCUGUUUCCACACGGCCACAGCCAACAGGAUCUGCUGCAGCUACGACAGCACUGGCAUCAACUAAGAUGUCUAGUUUGGCUGAUGAUUUUGGAGAAUUCAACCUUUUUGGGGAAUAUUCUAGUCCAGCAUCUGUUGGGGAACAGGAUGACUUUGCAGAUUUUAUGGCUUUCAGUAAUAGCUCUGUUUCAUCUGAGCAAAAGGCAGAUGAUAAAUAUGACGCCCUUAGAGAGGAGGCUAGUCCUGUUCCUCUAAGUGGCAGCUCGAGCAGCACAGUGAAGAGUGGACAGAACUCCGCUGCCACGUCCACCAAAUACGAUGUCUUCAAACAACUUUCUCUGGAAGGAUCUGGACUGGGUAUUGAAGAACUGAAGGAUAAUACCCCUUCAGGAAAAAGUGAUGAUGAUUUUGCUGACUUCCACUCUAGUAAAUUUUCUUCCAUGAACUCAGACAAAUCUCUGGGUGAGAAAUCAGUGGCUUUCAGACACACCAAAGAAGACUCUGCUUCAGUGAAGUCCUUGGAUCUCCCUUCCAUUGGUGGCAGCAGUGUUGGCAAGGAGGACUCUGAAGAUGCACUCUCUGUUCAGUUUGACAUGAAACUGGCUGAUGUGGGAGGAGAUCUUAAGCAUGUCAUGUCUGAUAGCUCUUUGGAUUUACCAACAGUUAGUGGCCAGCAUCCUCCUGCUGCAGAUAUAGAGGACUUAAAAUAUGCUGCUUUUGGAACCUACAGUAGCAAUUUUGCAGUGAGCACACUUACGAGCUAUGACUGGUCAGACAGGGAUGAUGCGUCUCAGGGCAGAAAACUCUCUCCAUUUGUCCUCUCAGCAGGAAGCGGGUCCUCCUCAGCUGCCUCGGUUCUUCAAAAGAAAGAGACUUCAUUCGGCAGUUCCGAAAACAUCACCAUGACCUCUCUCUCCAGAGUAACAACCUUCACAAAUGAAGAUGCUCUUCCAGAGGCCACCUUCCCAGCUUUUGCCAGUUUUAAAGAUGUGAUUCCUCAGACCAGUGAGCAAAAGGAAUAUGAAAGUGGGGACUAUAAAGAUUUCACGAGACAGGACUUGCCUACAGCCGAACGGAGCCCGGACGCCACCUGUCCAAGCCCGGCCUCCAGCGGCACUUCUCACGACACUCCCAAAGAAUGUGCAGAUGACUUUGGAGAGUUUCAAAGUGAAAAGCCCAAAAUCAGCAAAUUUGACUUUUUGGUGGCCAAUUCACAGAGCAAAAUGAAAUCCAGUGAAGAAAUGAUCAAAAGUGAGCUGGCGACCUUUGACCUUUCUGUUCAAGGAUCACACAAAAGGAGUUUGAGCCUUGGUGAUAAAGAAAUAAGCCGUUCUUCUCCUUCUCCGGCUUUGGAGCAGCCUUUCAGGGACCGUUCCAACACUCUGAGUGAGAAGCCGGCUCUGCCUGUCAUCCGUGACAAAUACAAAGAUCUGACAGGAGAGGUGGAGGAGAAUGAGAGAUAUGCAUAUGAAUGGCAGAGGUGCCUGGGGAGCGCCCUAGAUGUCAUUAAGAAGGCAAAUGAUACCUUAAAUGGAAUCAGUAGUAGUUCUGUGUGCACAGAAGUAAUUCAGUCAGCCCAAGGCAUGGAAUAUUUAUUAGGUGUUGUUGAGGUGUACAGGGUGACCAAGCGUGUGGAGCUGGGGAUAAAAGCCACCGCGGUGUGCAGUGAGAAACUCCAGCAGCUGCUGAAGGACAUCGAUAAAGUGUGGAAUAACCUCAUUGGCUUUAUGUCCCUGGCCACACUCACGCCCGAUGAGAAUUCACUGGAUUUUUCCUCUUGUAUGCUACGGCCUGGGAUUAAAAAUGCUCAGGAACUUGCCUGUGGGGUGUGCCUUUUAAAUGUGGACUCCAGAAGCCGGAAAGAAGAGAAGCCUGCAGAAGAACAUCCCAAAAAAGCAUUCAACUCCGAAACAGACAGCUUCAAACUGGCAUAUGGAGGACACCAGUAUCACGCCAGCUGUGCCAACUUCUGGAUCAACUGUGUUGAACCAAAACCUCCCGGCCUCAUCCUGCCUGAUUUGCUCUGAAAAGUACCUCUUUGAAGUACCUACUGGGUCUGUUUUCCCAUCAUACCCCAGGAGGAGACAGGGACCAAUGAACAGAAGGCAGGACUGCGCAGUUCGCUUCCACGAAGCUAUAGGAGGAGUUCCCUGCACGGUCAGGGGUGAGAAAGAAGCUGCGAGCUCCCAGUCGUUCCUGCAGACAUUUGUCCCCUAGGUCCCACCACAAGUCUUAGGGAUUUGAGGUAAAAUUGCCCUGCCCAAACUGCAUGUGGCACCAGAAGUUUGCUAACUUCUCUCUAGUUCUGCUAAGAUGUUUUAAAAUAUGGCACGAUUUUCUUUAAGGAAUCAUUUGCUGCUGCCGUAUAUUGAAACUGUGAAGAAUUGACAUUUUGACGUUUGAAGAAAAAUAAAUUGUAAUAGGAUUGGAAUUGGCAAGAACGUUUUGAGCCAGUGCUCGCUUCUAUCUAGAACCCUGCUGUCCUGUGAAGUAGAAUGCAUUUACCCACAUGUAGCUUGUUGAUAUCUGAAAUGAAUAAAAAGGGGACAUUGUGACUAAACUGAUGUUCUUUUUAUCGAAAAACUUCCGUUCAUCUCCAUCAGACGAUGGAAGUGGGUGAGGGCAGAUUUACCGACUUUGCGGUCACAGCUGAACCAGUUCUUCUUUUGUUCAUUUCUCAAACUAUCAGCGUUCAAGAAGGCAUUUUCUCAAAACACGCCUGGGCACUUUGCAAUGGAUUGAAUGUUCAUUUUGACAGAGCCCCAAAUCUUUGUGUAUCAGGAUGAAUAAACACCCUUCCCCUUUCGGAGCCUUCACUGAAAACUUUCUUUUACCUCAAAGACUGUGAACGUGGUAUUUUUUGCAGACAAGUUUUGGAAAGGCAGCUGGAUGAAACCUCUUGGCAGUGGCCUUUGUCCAAAUGUCCAGAAAUGACUGACUGCAUAGGGACCAGUACUGCCUGACUUCGCAGUAUUAUGUGAGAGACCUGAAAAUUCAUUCACAGUUGGAAGGUGGAGUUCCUGGCCUACUGAGGCAAACAGUUGAGGUACAUGACUUAGAAACAGUGGAAGCAAAGUGUUCAAAAACUGCAUGGAAUUCUGGAAGGAAAAGGCUCAUGCUUGCUAUCUGGUGUAGGGAAUUUGCCGCUUAGAACUGAAUGCAUAAAAUCAGAAAGAAAGAAAAAAAAAGCGAAGUGGCUAAGGACUGUGAAGCUGGGAAGUCCUGGGAAGAACAGGCCAACCUAGGACAUACACGUUUCUGACUUGUAAAUUCUGUGCUUUACAAAGAGAUUUUGACUCUUGUGUUUCACAAGUUGUGUGACUUAGGCUCUCUGACCUCGAGUCAGUUUUUAUUUGUAAACUGAACAAGGUCAUUUUGGGUAUAAAAUUGCCGUUUUACAUAAUUAAGUAGGUGGUUUUCCCUUCCUGGCACUAAACUUGAGGGGAUCCUGUUCUAUUCCCUUAGUGGUGUCUUCUCCAAGGAAGGUAUAGGACGUUUUUGUUAAACAGCUGUUGAUGAGGCUUCUGCUUUACCUUGCUGGGCCCCAGAAUGCACAGGGAAGUGUUGACGAGAUAAAUCUGCUUCUCAUUUUCUCCAGAUUCCCUUCCAGCUGGGUGACUGACACAGCCUGAGUUAUUACCCUCAGGGCCUUUGUCCUCCACAGGGCUACCUGACUUAGUACCCACAGCAUCAGGCUGGGUCCUCAGGCUUCCCUGAGGCCUCUGUCUCCACUUCAGCCUGAGCAGCACCUAGAGUUUCAUCACGGCGCCAGGACUGAAGCGGGCCUGUGACCCGUCUGGUACAUUCCAUGGUAGGGCAGGAUGACCGAAUCUGCCUUUGUUUGCAGUUAAGAAUGUCUCCCAGUUUGACAGGAUUCACAGCGCUGAGACAGUUUCUGGAAAUGCCAUAUGGGCUGCUAUUCUGUCGCAAUGGCCUGUCAAUGACAUUUUUAACGUGUGCUCACCUGCUAACCAGAAUGGUUCCAUUCCUAGAGAGGUUGCAGAGCGCAAGGAUAAUCACUGCCGGCCUCACCAGGUACGGCAGGUCUGGUCACUCCAUGGGAGGCGCUAGAGGCAUAUACAGCAGACGCCAAAAGGCUUUGCUAUGAAAAAUACUGUUUAGUAGUGGAAAUGUUCACUCACAUACCACCAGUAAGGAUUUCCAGAGUGUGGAACCAUACCCUUGCACUUUCUUUACGUGUGCAAGUUUAUUCAGACGACUCAACACUGCGCUCGUCUACAUCUCGGCUCUGACGCGCCAGAGUCCAGUGUCCUUGGAAACAGUAACCAAGGUUACUUCUUUCCCUACUGCGUGAGGUGCCGACAGCUCCCGCCCCGCUGCCUGAGUGGUGGUGAAUAAGCGCUUUUCUCUUUUGGUAUUGUGUUUUGCUUUUAGACGUUUUAUGGCUUAGUGUGUAACUUAAUUUUUGUCUGGACGUGCUCAAUGUAGAGGCGGCACAGGGUAUGUUAUUAUCCGUGCCUUAUUUGUCCUGUGACUACUAGUUAACACUCUAAAUAGGUUGCAUAUUCUAAAUUACUUGAAUAUUUUGUAUGCAUGUACCUAUGUCUUGUUUAAAGAUGCCUUCUACUUGC